AUGGGAUUUGAGAAGGCCGGAGCUGAAUGGAAGAUGCAGCUACAAGAAUUAGAGAACCUUCGCCUAGAAACAUAUGACAACUCCAGGCGAUACAAAGAGAAGAUGAAGGUCGUGCAUGACAAGCACAUUAAAAGGAGAGAGUUCAGACCAGGGGAAUUAGUUCUCCUCUAUAACACCAGACUACGGCUCAUGCCAGGCAAGCUGAGAUCAAGAUGGGAAGGCCCCUAUAGAGUAGAGAAGGCAGAGCCAUACGAAGUCUUUCACCUAAGUCAUCCUUCGAGCCCUAAAUUCAUCAAGUCUUUCUACAUCCGUCAGAAGCAAGUCCCCAUAACUGAAGAAGCCAUUCAGCGAGCUUUAGAUCUUCCCCCUGCCCCUGAAGGAUUGGACGCAUUUCAAGAAGUCACUUUCCAACGCCAGACAUACAAAUUUGACUGGGACACUGUUCUCAGACUUAGCACAACCUGGCAGCCGAUGGUUCUAUGGAUACCAUCGUUCCUGACCUAA